CCUGCAAACUUGAAAUCCGUCUGCUUGUACUUAUUUCAAUUGAUAUCUCAAGAGUUUUAGCCAUUGGUUUGGUUUUUGCACGCAUGGUUCGGUUCGUGGUCAUUUCGUGCGAGAACAGCAUAGAGAGGGUAAGUAGGUAUAAUAAGAGAGAGGAGCACAAAAAUAUACCUAUCAACCGUGUGUGUCCGAUGUGAUAACCUCAUUGCGCUUCGUGCAGUGUUCAGAGAUUCAGAAUAAUUCAUCCUUUCUGCUUUAAAAGUGAAGGUACAGGUUCACAGGUACAAGUGUCUUCUCUGAAUGUGUGCAUUAUUUUUUUUUUAAUUGAUUUGAUCAAUUGAUGGUCUCGUGUGACUAGAACUUACAUCUUCGGACUCUUUGGAGUGAAUAUUUCAACAUUUGAUUUAUCAUGAAGAUUGUACUUCCGAAAGUUGAGCGAUGAUUGUUUGGGGGACCGAUGUAGUCGCACGUGCAGAGUGUUAUUUGGUUUAUUGUUGAAAAAAAAAACAAAACGAAAAACAAGCCAAAGUGUCGUUUAUUGAAGGACAAUACCAACUGGGUACUAUUUUUCGUCCGAGGAGCCGCUGAGCUCAGCAUUUGGUGUCAAGAUGCCAAAAAUCAAAACUGAGAUAAAAAAUCACAAUGCUGCUGUUUGGGCCAGACAGUUAUUCAACACCAAUUAUUUGAGGCAACGAGAGUUGGGCUUGAAGUUUCCUAUGGGCCAUAGCGAUCGGUUCUUCAAGUCUCUCUACACGUCCAUACAGCCUGUCUCCUCCUGGGAUCACCACCACAAGUUAUCCAGUGCCAUGCAUGGUGGGGUUUUCAAUUUGGAGUACUCGCCCGAUGGAUCACUGUUGCUUGCAGCCUGUGAAAAAAAAAGCAUUCUGAUGUUCGACCCCCUUUGUAGGAAAUUGAUUCACACUAUUGACAAUGCUCACGAUAAUUGUGUUAAUGGUGCAAGAUUCCUCGAUCAACGGAUGUUUGCAACCUGUUCGGAUGACAGUACAGUAGCAUUAUGGGAUGCACGAAAUUUAAAGCAGAGGAUACGAACGUUGCAUGGUCAUUCGAACUGGGUUAAAAAUAUUGAAUACAGUCCCAGUGACAAAUUACUUUUGACUAGCGGCUUUGAUGGUGUUAUAUUUUCGUGGGACAUCAAUAGUUUCACAGAAAAUAGUUGUCUUUCUACCAGAGUUUUCCAAACAAAUGGUUUGAUGAGAACAAGAUUGACUCCCGAUGCAUCUAAAAUGCUCAUGUGCACAACAUCAGGAUACCUCAUAAUCGUUCACAAUCUCAAUCUUAGUACAUUAAGUCAAGACUUGGCUGGUUUUAAGCCAAACAUGUAUCGACUGAUGCAGUUAUCACAGACUUCGAUUCCAGCGGCUGCUGUGUUCACGCAUUUGUUUUCAAAUUCUCGUAAUAAAAAUAGGGUUGAAUUCGUUACCGAUUUCCCGGAAGGUGACGACGCCGAAGUCAUAUCCAGCUUGCAGGUUCAUCCACACGGUUGGUGCGCUCUUUCCAGAAACGUCAGCAAUAGCGAAAAAUCCGAGUGGACGUGUGUUCAUGACAUUCAGGAGUGCGAAUCGCAGCAGUCCGACCAGCAAGCUCUAAAGGAAGAAGACGACAAGGGCUCGUCGUCGCACUUUGGUGACUUUGCCAUAGAGGAGUUCGAGGAAAACCAGCCGCAGCAAGCCAACCGAUCGGGCAUUACUUCGGCCUUCACCUUUGAUAGCGUCAACCGAGCGCGCAUCAUUCAAACGAUGACCGCAUCGUCGUCGGACUCCUCGUCAUCCUCGUCCUCUUCGUCGAGUCGAGGUGCAGGCCAGUCGAAUCGAUUCGCACGAGUGAGCGUCGCCCAAGAUCAGUCUUCCAGAAGAAGUGCACGGUUGGGGGCGAGAAGGGCAAGAGCCUCGAACUUUGGCAUUGUCGUCGAAGUCGAUGACACAGACGUCGACAGCUUCUCCGCGAGGAAUGUCGACGAGGAUAGGAUGAGAGACGACGACGAAGAGGAAGAGGAGGAUGAGGGGAGAAACCACAGUCUCGCACCAGGCAGACGCGUGAGCCAACGUCGAGGCUCACAGAGCAGUAACAACGACUCGCCGAUGAUCAACGUACGACGACGCAACAGCGCCGUUGAGAACGGGAACUUCGCAACGGGCAACGUCGAACUCCACGUCAAUUCGAGCGACGUAUGGGAGGCGCUGGUUGCUAUUCGUGAGGCCAGACUGAGACGAGAGAGCGAGCGAGAAUUCCACUUGGAAGUCGAACGUCGCGACAAUCAGUGGACACGGCAGAAUAGCAGCGGUGUGGUGAUAGUUGGCGAUCGACGACCUCAGAACCAGAAUCGACAAGGCUCGCAAAUAAUGUACGCCAUACCACGUAACCACCGAAUACACCAAAACGCGCCUCGGUUAACGCACUACAUCGAGGAGCCAAACGUUGGUUCAGGUUACAUCAAGGAGCUGUGCUUCUCAUCUGAUGGUCGGCUGAUUUGUUCACCAUUCGCAAAGGGCAUACGGCUUCUCGCCUUCUCAAACCAGUGCCAAGAAUUAGCGGACUGUGUGCCUCGAACGAGCGAGUCUUCCCAGCUGAUCGAAGUGGCAACGAACUACAGCCACAAUGACAUCGUCGUCAGCACGAAAUUCUCGCCGAGACACUGUCUUUUGGUAUCCGGCUGUCUGAGUGGCAGAAUAGUUUGGUAUCAGCCGGUACUUUGAGAAUGCAGUCGUAGCGCGUCGCGUUUUAUGUACAGUUUUUCUUGGAUCCGUUGCGUUUGAGACGAUUUUUGAGUGUGCUGAACUGCGGACGUAGAUCUUUUUUUUUUUUUUUUUUAGGAUUUUCUGAAGAUGAAAAAAAAGUAAGCUUCUUUAUUUUGAAGUUUAUUCUUCUCAGUCGACAUUUUUGUAAUUUUUAUUAUAAAAAUUAAAGGUGUGUUGUAGAUGAAAGUGUUCCUCAUCGUAAUUUAUUUAUUUUUCACAUUUAUUAUGUGUAAAAAUAUGUGAUGUAAUGUAUAAUUUUUUUAAUGACAAACAACUUAUGUUAGAUGUGUGUCUCACCUUAGAUAUUCAUUUGUGAUUAUCGUAGUGAUUCAUUUGGACUCGUUUCAAUAAAAUUAGCUAGUUGUAAUUAAUAAAUUUAUUGUAUUAAUUGGAUAGUUUAUUCAUUAAACAAGUUAUGAUAAAUCUAUGGCGCUUUCAAAUCAAUGCACACAUUGUGCAUGAAUAAUCAAUUUCUGAAAAAACCUGGAUCUGUCGUCGUUUUCGAAUCUUCUGGAUAAGUGUACAAAAAUCUACAACCACAAUUCAAUGACUGAAACUUUUCUACAGUGAAAAUAAGUUAUGAAAAGUUCCAUGUGUCGAGAU